AUGUGGAAGGAAAUUGCGGCGUUUAUUGGAGCUGGUGCAGCUCUGUAUGCUGCGCAACAAUCGGAACUGAUAAGUGAAAAGGCUGCUAAAAUACUAGCUGUAAUCGGAAGCACUGAGUUUGUUCUCUACCUCGCAAAUCGUCUCUACUUCUCAGGUGGAAGGUGCUAUGAAACUGAACGACUGGAUGGUAAAUUUGUUAUCAUUACCGGUGCAAAUACUGGAAUUGGAAAGGAGACGGCUGCUGAGUUAGCCAGACGUGGUGCAACCGUCAUAAUGGCUUGCCGAAACACCGAGAAAGCAGAAGCUGCAAAGGCAGAAAUCAUCGGUAAUUAUGGAAUAGGUCGUCCAACGGCUCUGACCAAAAAUGUUCUCAAUUCAAAGAUAAAACAAGUCAUCACCCCGGUUAAUCCUCAUCAGCUUAUAGUUGAACAUUUGGAUUUGAGUUCUUUCAAGUCUAUACGGGAGUUUGCUCAGCGUAUUCGUGAAGGAAAGAAAAAGGUCGAUAUCUUGAUAAAUAAUGCUGGUAUAAUGUACUGCCCUUAUAUGAAAACUGCAGACGGUUUUGAGAUGCAAGUGGGAACAAAUCAUCUUGGACACUUCCUUCUGACUGAGCUCCUUCUUCCCGAAAUGAAUAAAGGGGCUAAAGGCACACGAAUAAUUCUCGUCUCGUCUCUUGCUAAUGUGUUUGCUAAGGACAGCCUACUUCCUUUCAAUGUGGACGAAGCACAUUACAAUAGUGCACAGUGCUAUUGUCGUUCCAAACUAGCGAAUGCAAUGUAUGCUAAUUAUUUGAGCAAGAGACUUUUACCGGAUGGAAUUCAAACUGCCAGUGUUCACCCGGGUAGUGUCAUGACUGAAUUAGCCAGACAUAGUCGGCUCUUAACGCUGUCUCUUCAAUUGAUUUUCCGUCCAUUAAUGAAAAGCUCUUGGGAGGGUUCACAGACCACAAUCUAUACCGCAUUGACACCAAAUUUGCACUCUGGAGACUACUAUGCGGACUGUGCAGUUGCAAAAGCCAAUCCCCUCGUCUAUGAUGCGAAAGCUCAAGAGGAAAUGAUUUCCGCUUCACGCAAAGCCGUUGGUCUUGAUUAA